AUGAACAUCGAGUCGCAAAAACUGGAAAAAAUACGUGCAUUUGCGAACAGAGGCCAAAAGGUCGAGGAACAAUACACCCGAAAUCCUCUUAGCUCUGAUUCUACUCAACAAUAUAAUCGAAAACUCGACGAGACGAUUCGGUCGCUGCAAGACCAUGUGAAGCGCCAGGAAGAUGCUUUACGCGAGCUGCGUGCUUCUAAGCAGGGAUUGGAGCUAACGGGGUCGGAGAUAGAGCCAAUGACUCGACUGGCGCAAGCACGACGAGUGAAGAGGGCCUACGACUCGUUGUUACAGUCUGAGCCAGAUCUCCCGGCUCCAGAUUCCCCAUUGCAGUCUCUGAUUGCAUUGCGAGAGACAUCGCGUGUAAUUCUUGAGAGCAAAGCCUCGGUGCUGAGUCUACAAGAAAGUCUCCCGUCAAACCGUCAACUGCUUAAGGACGAAGAAGAGGAUCUUCGUGAUGCGAAGCUCAUUACCAGCGGCCUGCAAGACCGCAUCAAACGGGUUGAAAGCGAGCAUGCAGAAAAAUCAACAAAGAGUCCAUCUCAGUUGGCCUCGGAGCUCAUUAAAGACGAGCAAAAGAAGAGUGACGAGCUAAAGCGCGCCACCGCAAAAUUGAAGAAAGCUCUUGAUAGGUUCAUCGAUGAUAAUCUUGCCUCAAUGCUAGCAGCAGAGGACCUUGGUGGACCUGUUGUAGGCGACGUUAUGGGAGUCCCCGACUCUACCCUCGAAGCUGGGUAUACGCAUCAUGGGAAGCCGAAAAAACCGAAAACGACGGCUCAGGAUGAUGACGAAGACCGUACGCAACAGCGCAUUGAUCAGAUUUUCCGUUCUCAACGGCAGCAGCAGGGUGAUGCAGGCGACGACGAUGUGAUCCCAAGAAAUAAGAGAGAAGCUGCGGCGGCAGCGAUGCGUACGCUACUCGAUUCUUUGCUAGAAGCUGGGAUGUCGUAUGUUGAAUUAUCUAAGGAAUCAGCAGUCUCACGGUUUCUUGUUAGGGCUAAGGUUGCACAGUUGCAUCCACGAGAUGCUCGGAAAAUUCGUCUAAUAGACUUUGGACGGACUCUUGAAGAUUAG